AUGCCGUUGGUGAAGAGGAGUAUCGAGCCCAGGCACCUGUGCCACACAGUGCUGCCACGGGCCAUCAAGAAUGAGCUGGAGUGUGUGACCAAUGUGUCCCUAGCUAACGUCAUACGACAGCUCAGCAGCCUCAGUAAGUAUGCAGAGGACCUGUUUGGGGAGCUGUUCAACGAGGCCCACUCCUUCUCCUUCCGGGUCAACUCCCUGCAGGAGCGCGUGGACCGCCUCUCUAUCAGCGUCACACAGCUAGAUCCUAAAGAGGAGGAGUUAUCUCUCCAGGACAUCACUAUGAGGAAGGCGUUUAGGAGCUCCACCAUCCAGGACCAGCAGCUGUUUGCCCGCCAGUCGCUGCCCAUCCCCCUGCAAGAGACCUUUGACCUCUGCGAGCAGCCGCCACCCCUCAACAUCCUCACACCCUACAGGGAUGACGGUAAGGAGGGGCUGAAGUUCUACACCAACCCCUCCUACUUCUUUGACCUGUGGAGAGAGAAGAUGCUGCAGGACACAGAGGACAAGAGGAAGGAGAAGAGGAAACAGAAGUUCCAGGCACCACGCCCAGGCCUACAGUGCGCCUAUUCCGGCCUAAGCCAUCCGUCUGCCGCAGUGCAUCUGAGCCCUCCGUCUCCCCAGCGCCAUCUGAGCAUCCGUCUCCCACGCCAUCUGAGCCAUCCGUUCUCCACCAGCGCCAUCUGA